AUGGUUGCGGUGCUGUUUGUUGCGGGUUGCACCACUCAGAAUCUGGGUGGGACCUACAAUGCUUCUAAAAAUGCUGGUCUAACCGACGGCGCGUCCGUUGCGAUUAUCUAUGUCGAUGCUGAUGUAGCGGAUGGGAUUGGUUAUCAGACCUGGGCCAAUGGUGACGCACAGGGAUUGGUCUAUCCCAACACCUUUAGACGUAUCGGUCCUGUGCAGGGUUUAGUAGAGAUUGGAUUUCGAGAACAAUAUGUCGGCAAGAUCAUUGGAGAGGAUUUGCCGGAGUCAUUUACCUUGCUUGGCUCUCCUCUGUCGUUCAGCGCACCGUUUAUACUAGCUGUGGAUGUAGGACAGAACGAAGUCCAUUUCAUUCGCGUACGCAAAGAAUCUAGUGAAGAGUUUUUCGCCUGUGACGAAAGUGCCGACACCACUACGCUGUGCAGUGAAAAGCAGUACAAGACGGUCAUUGAGGAAGUGGACGCGACAACCGCAACUGCCGCCCUUACUGAGAUGCGGAAGAGUUUAUACGCGCCGUUGACACCGAUUCCGCCGGGUAGCCAGAUUCGGAUCGCAAUUAACGUGCUGGAUGUAGAGUCGCCGGAUGCUUGGGAUACAGGCGAGGCGAUGGGACGAGGCGCAGCAGUUGGUGCUGGCGUGGGGUUCGCAGGAGGUGCGGCUGCGGGUCUUGAAUUUACGAUUGCGUGCGGGCCGUUUUUCUACAUAUGCGCUCCGUUGGCAGUUGUUGGCGCUGCCGGAGCUGCUGCUGUGGGUGCUGUUGGCGGCAGCGCACAUGGGGUGGCUAUAGCGUUGCCCGCGGAGAAGGCCAAUGCCUUGGAAGGGUUGAUCGAUGAAUACCUGAGCAACAAAAAUAUCCUGGAGGUUAUGCGCAACGACUUUGUUCAACGUCAAGAUGGGCGUUGGCAACUGAUCGAAUCAUCAAGUGGACCAAUCGUUGCAUUGGGUGUGGAAGCGCUCGGGCUUGAUCAGUUCGCUGGUGAUGAGUUAAUGAUCCGGAUGACCUCCUAUCUACGUGUUAGAUAUGGACCCGGCGAGCAAGAAGUAACCAAAAGAAUGCUCGUUAAUGCUGAAUCGGAACGCCACCAUGUGGACUACUGGAUUGCCGAAGGUGGCGCCAAUCUUGAAGCAGAGUUGAAUGCGGUGCUGGCAGAGAAUUCACGCCAGAUAGUUGCUGUGUUGAGUCAACCGCUUCGCAGUGGACCUUCGCGCAAAUCCAUCUUUGGUGUACCGCAAAACCAGUGA